AAAACGUGAAAAAUUCCAAAUUUCAAACGUUUUUCAUCGAAAAAUGAAUCAUUUUUCAAUUUCAAUAUGAGCGAGCAACGCGAUUCUCGUGGAAUGCCACAGGCUGGAUUCAUUAUCGAACAUCAAAGCAGUGACCAUAAGUGGAAAGUGUUGCGAAAUAUCUACUCGGGACCGUUUUCAGAUGUUUAUGUCGUUGCGGAUACAGUAACGAACGAAAAGUAUGCGAUGAAAUGUGAGAGACAAGAAGGAAACUCUCGUCCAGUCCUGAAGCUAGACGUGAUGGUUCUGAUGGCGACGAAGGGUCUUCGAGGAUUUCCGAACUUUGUGGCGGCAGGCAGAACUGAUGUUUAUAGGUACUGCAUAAUGCAACUCGUCGGACCGGAUCUUGGUCGGCUGCGUCGAACACGUCCGGAACGCAAGUUCUCCCUUCCAACAGCUCUCCAAAUUCUCGGACAAACUCUCCGACGCCUCGAGGAUCUUCACAAUUGCGGAUGGCUUUGUCGAGACGUGAAGGCGCCGAAUUUCUGCAUUGGUGUCGGCGAGAACGAGUCGACCGUCUAUAUUCUGGAUUUUGGAUUCGCCAGGAAAUUUGUAGACAAGGAGGGCAAAAUCAUCCCGCCGAGAACCGCUGCAGCACUGAUGGGAACUUUUCAAUAUUGUGCAGUUUCUGCCCACUCUCACAAGGACCAAUGUGCACGGGACGACUUGGAAAGCUGGUUUUACAUGGGUAUUGAGUUGCUCAAGGGACCACUUCCAUGGGCGAAUAUCGACGGUCACAAGAAUCACAAGCAGAUUGGAGAGGCGAAAGUCGCGAUUCGAAGCGAGCCGCUUCGAUCCGAGUUUUUCGAAGGAGUCCCGAAGCAAUUUAAUGAAAUUCUCACGAUUCUGGAUCAAACGUCGUAUUUCGACAGGCCAAAUUACAAGAAGCUCGGUGAUUUGCUGUCUCAGGCCGCCACGGAGCAUCAAGUGACACUGAAAGAGCCUUUGGACUGGCAGAAUAAUGAGAGAAUGCAGCAAAAGGCGAUUUUCGUCGGGGAACUCGGAGAAUCUCAUCAAGCGUCGGCGAAGUUGGAUGCGAAGGACAAUGCGAAUGAGUCGAUGGAUAUUGAAUUUGAUGAUAUGCCACCAAAAGAGGGAAUUUCUAAAUCGCUCAGUGCGGAGAAAUCGUGUACAAAAAACGUCGAAACUGCGAGAACGGAGAAGUGAAGCACUAAAUUGUACUACAUUUAUUCGAUUUUUACUCGUAAAUAAAGAAUUUUAAUUUAAAAA